UUUUAAACUUUGAAAAUGCAGGAUGAAGACACUGUUUGAAGAGAUCAAAGCAUCAAUUAAAAAUAACUAUAACCAAGAUCGAUCAUUUUGGAGGCCUGUUCUUCCUUGGGGAGGUGUUUUUACUAUCAAAGCUGGCCGCAAAGCAGUAUCCUGUACACCACUCUAUGUUGAAAUAAGACUGAAAAAUACCUGCACCAUAGAUGGAUUCCUGAUGUUAUUAUAUGUCAUUCUUAAUGAAAAUGAAAAUUUCCCUAGGGAACUUUCUGUUCACUUUGGUAGAGAGUUUGUAGAUUGUUUUCUUUAUUUAAUGGACACCUACAGUUUUACAACUGUGAAGCUACUUUGGAUUUGGGACAAGAUGGAAAAACAGCAGUACAAAUCUGAAGUUCAUAAGGCUUCAUUAAUAAUUGAUUUAUUUGGGAAUGAGCAUGAUAAUUUUACAAAAAAUCUUGAAAAUCUCAUGUCCACCAUUCAAGAGAGUUACUGUUCCAACUGGCGAUGCCCAACUCGAGUACAGGAAAAUCAGCAGCGCACAAUUAAUAUAAAUCCUCCCCAAGAAACUCCACAUGGAAACUUGAUAAGACUGGCUGUGGAUGAGUUAUUCUGUUCCAAGAUUGAACUGUGUGAAGAAUGUGGGUGUGGUGGCUUAAGAGAAUUUUCUCAACGAGUUUUCUGCCAUGGAGCACCCCCUUUUGUUGUCUUAAAUAUGCAACAUUGGAAAUCUGAAGAUCUGGCAUAUGUACCCUACUACUUAGAUUUAUCUGAUCACAAGUAUUUGUUGGAAGGUGCCACAUUGUUUAACAAAGAGGAACAUCAUUAUUCUGCAGCUUUCCAGAUUGACGGACAUUGGAUGCAUUAUGAUGGCCUCAGAAAUGUGAAUUUAAUUUUGUUAAAUAAACCCCCAGAGUUUCUCCUCCUGUCAUCAUUGGUUUAUAUUCGAGCAACAGAGAAAUAAAUAUAGACUGAUGCUAAAUUAAAUUGUUUUCCCAUGCUCCCCCAGACAAAGGGCUUUUAUUUUGUGUAUACUUGGUAUCCAAGGAAAUAGUUCAACUACACUAGUUUCAGAGGUGUAUUCCAGUGUUUAGCCCCAGGUAAAUGUUUCAUAUAGAGGAUCUAUGCAAAAAUGUUUGUAUUUCCUUUUUAUAUUUCCUGGAUUAUUUUUAUAUGAGUAUAUUUUAUGUUAAAAUAAAUAUAUCUUGUGGCCUUUGUA